CCGAGCGAGGCGCAAGAAGCGCGAUUCUCGUUUGUUUUUAGUGUUCCCGGACGGUUUCCGUGUGACGUAGCGUUUCGUUGUUUUGGUGCUUUCCUUUGUGCGGCCCCCGUCGCAGCGCAUGAGGCAUCCGUGAGCCACGCAGCCGACCGCCACGAUGAAGGGGUGGUUCGACGCGUUCCGUAGCGACGGCGGUCCGACCCUUUACAGCUUCAGCAAUCGGACGGCGGUCACGGGCGACGUCGCCGUGAUCGCGUGGCUCGCCGUCUUCGCGACCCUCUACGUCGCCUUCCUCAUAGUGUUCCCCGGCAUCAGGAGAGAGAGGUUUACCACGUUCUGGUCGGUGACCUUGUCCCUAUUCGUCGGCGCCACCAUCUCGAUUUCCCUCUGCGGGUCGGCGUGGCACGUGGCCAGCGCGCCCAUCCGCGGCACUUACCGCGCCUUCUCCAAGGAGAAGGUGUCCGCCACCCUGGGCGCGUACGUAGGCCUCGACCACGUCAACAUCACCCUCCGCGGUAACGCCACCCACGACAUCGACUUCAACGAGCGCUUCAGCUGGAUCGACUCGCGCCAAAUGGGCGACAGCUUCAGGGAGGCGCUGGUCCGCGGCCUCCCGUACCCGGUGCUGACGGUGGCGGAGCACUUCGCCACCGGACAGGACGGCCUCGCGUGGGGCGGCCAGUACCGGGCCGCCGGCUACUUCGCCGCCGUCGCGCUGCGGACCUCGUUCGCCGCGUGGCUCCUCAUGAACCUGAUGCUGGUGGUGGUGCCGCGCUACGGCGCCCUCCUCAUGACCGCGUGCGGCUUCCUGCUGCUCGCGACCGCCUGCGGUUACUUCGGCAUGCUGCCCGACGCGCCGCUCCUCGUGCGCGUCGACGGCGCCGCGCUGCGCUUCUCCUUCGGCUGGUGCUACUGGCUGGUGCUCGCCGCCGGCGCCGUCUGCCUCCUCGUGGGCGUCGUCACGACGACGCUCGAGAUCGUCAAACCGCACAGCUUCUUGACGAUCCUCGAGGUCAACUACGACACGCCCUACGAUCGCCACGUCAUCAUAGAGGACAGCAGGGGCCGCAAGGACCAGCGCAAGAGAACGACGACGCUCGAGGAGCCGCACGCGUUGGGCCUCGGCUCGCGGAUCCUGAGGCGGCUGUCGUCGAAGCAGCGGGACGAGAAGGCGGCGGCCCCGUCGAACUUCGAGCUGGCCGGCGGCCCGUGGAAGUACCCCGACUCGGCGCCGCGGCCCAUUUUGAGGUACGGCGACGGCGUCCAGGCGCCGAUGUGGUAGAGGACGCUCGAGGACUCGUCAGUGCAAUUUUAUCCGACUUGGUGAUAUUUGUGAUAAAUUUUAGGGUUAAGACCAUAAUAAUGGCCAUAAUAAUGUGUGUAUAUUGUACGCCGUCUGCCAAAUAACACCAUUAGGAGACACGAAAGAAAGUUUCGUGCAAAAGUUUUUUGAUAUGGGGUGGCCCGUAUAUAUCGUCAUUUGUGGUUAAAAUAAAGGUCACUUCCUUAAGAAAUUCGAAUUUUGCAUAGUUUAAGGCGGAAAUUUUGGUUGCCCCAUAUAAAAUUGAGGAGGAUGAUGCACCACUCAGUCAGUUUGACAGAUGCGCCUCAGCUUAUACAGGGUGUCCCAAGUAGGUGGUGCCGUUUCGGCGAAUUCACAAAAUCUCAAGCUGCCCACAUUGAUUCACUUGUUGGCAAUGUUAGGUAUUUUUUAAAUAGCAAAGACAAGAUCGUACUUCUUUUAAAGAUAUGACACCAAAAAAAACUAUUGCCAACAAUAUAGAUUUAAUAAAACUUUGGAAUUUAUAUUUAUGUUCCUCAAUACGGUCCAUAAAGUUUAGUUAAAAAUUUUCCUCUUAAAAUGCUCGUUUCGUCUGGCAUUAAGGUAUAACUUUGACAUUUCAGUUUGUUUUUGUUGUUUUUCAUAUUUCUGUUUAAAAGUUCAUAGUUGUCAAUUUUUUUGUUAGUGUAUAUUUGUAUUUUAAAUAGGUUAUAGUUUUUUUGGUUGACCUAUAAACGUUAAUUAUUUAUUUUUGCUAUUAGGUAUUUUGAAUCAAGCUAGAUAAAUAACUACUAAAUGUUUCUUUAAAUAUGAAUUCUGAAGUUUUAUUAAAUAUGUUAAAGUAUGUAGUAUAGAGUCGAUUUUUCUCAAAAUCUCCACGUAUUAAUGGACUCCCUGUAUUGUUAGCGAUAGGCUUUAUUCGUAUGUUAUAUCUUUAAAAGAAAUAGUAUCGUGUCUUUGCUAUUUAAAAAAUAUAUAAUAUUGCCAAAUUUAUACCGGUGUAGCUCAGAAAGUAAGAAAAAUUUAAAUAUAAGAUAAAUUACAAACUUACCUUGUUUUUUGUCCUAGAAUUGAUAUCUGGAUUUCGUCACCACCUAUUUGGGACACAUCUGUCAAACUGAUUGAGUAGUGCAUCAUCUCCGUUGUCUAUUAAAUGUAUACGAAUUUAUAUGGGCCAAUCAAAAUAUUAAAAAAAAAAACACAUAACCUCAAUUUCUACCUAAACUGCGCAAAAUUCGAAAAGUAAAUUCUUAAGAUUCCAAAAAUGUCGAAAUAUACGGGACGUUUCAUUUAAAAUAACCAAGUUGAUAUCGGGUGGUAGGACAUUUUUGGGACACCGUGCAUUAACAAAUUUAUAAUAUUUUCAAUCUUCAGGAGAGAAAACAUUUUUUUCGUAUCUCCUAUAGUGUGUCGUUGUAUUUGGCACACGGUGUACGCCGCUGCGCGACUAUUUAUUAUAGUUUGUUUCGAAAUUAAA